UUCACCCAUCUGUUCUCUUUUUACUUCAUCGGCUAAUUAGAGGACGCGACUCGGUGACAAGCGGAGACCCCACAAAUUACCCCCUUAAUUAGCUUCCCCAGGUACAAAAGGUAGAAGAGGUGGACUUCCCAAAUCAGAGAGUUAGAAGAGACCCGCCGCUAGUAGCGCCAACUUCCAAAGAGAAUUUCUCUCCCUCUAUAGCCGAUUGGCCAGUUCCAUAUAGAACGCCCCCGAGCUGCCUUUCGCUGAUUGGAUGCUGUACGAAAUCUUUUCCAGGGCGCCAGAAUAGAAGCUUUAGCGGGUUGUAUCUAUAGCUAGAUGUUGUAGAACAAGUUGUGAACGGCUCGUAGCAGCAGAGGUGGCGGGGAUAACUGUAGCUACAGGUUAGAAAGUAAUGCAGCUGAUCCAACUUGUAUUAUUUUUUUAUUAUAUCAGUUAUAGAUGCCACACAUAAUUUAGUGACUGGGAUGAGUUGUACAUCACUGUGUACUAUUCUACAUUUUACAAGAAGUUGAAUUUGAAGUACAGGAGAUGGACGUGGACUGUCUAGCACUAAAGGAUCUCAACACGAAGAAGUUGAGAUUAGAACUACCAGAAAACGAAGGCAGAAAUGCGCAGAAGGAGAAUAUAUUUUUCGAUCUCUCCAGGCUGACUCCCAAAACGCCAAUGAAGAAUGAAACUAUGCCUAUAGACCUGUCAAAACAGAAGGGAUGCACCCCUGAAAGGAAUCCUGUUACUCCGAAUCCACCAGCAGAAGUACCCCUCUCUGAUCCUUGGACACCUACAGCUAACCUGAAAAUGCUCAUUAGUGCUGCUAGCCCUGAUAUACGGGACAGGGAGAAGAAAAAGGAGCUUUUUAGACCAAUUGAGAAUGACCGGAAGGAGGACUGCUUAUGUGAUGCAUACCAGUUUGAUGUUACAGAUGACUCUGCAACAGACGAUUUUGAGAAGCAAAGGCCCAGCCGAAAGCAGAAAAGCCUCGGGCUUCUGUGUCAAAAGUUCCUUGCUCGCUAUCCCAGUCAUCCCCUGUCCACAGAGAAGACCACCAUCUCCCUUGAUGAAGUGGCUUCAAGUCUCAGUGUAGAGCGCCGACGAAUUUAUGAUAUUGUGAACGUACUUGAAUCUCUACGUCUUGUUAGCAGAGUAGCUAAAAACCAGUAUUGCUGGCAUGGCCUGCAAAACUUAGAUCAGACACUGGAGAUCCUGCAACGUCAAGGGCAAGAGCAACGGUAUGAGGAACAAAUGGUGAAUAUGCAACAAAAAGAGACGGAUGCAGAAAUGAAGUCUGGGGACUCAAAAAAGGACAAUGCUACAGAUUCCCAAUUCAAAGAGUAUAUUGACAUUUCUGAUGGUGAUUUUACAUCAGUAUCUGCUAACAGCAGGAAGGAUAAAUCGCUCCGCAUCAUGAGCCAGAAGUUUGUUAUGCUGUUCUUGGUGUCCAAGACAAAGACAGUGACUCUGGAUGUUGCGGCCAAGAUCUUGAUAGAGGAAGGACAAGAUGUUGCUGAUCACAGCAAGUUUAAAACUAAAGUCCGUCGAUUGUAUGACAUUGCUAAUGUAUUGACUAGUCUGGCGCUUAUUAAAAAGGUCCAUGUGACAGAAGAAAGGGGACGAAAACCAGCAUUUAAAUGGAUUGGUCCUGCAAACUUCAAAAACUCUAGCAAUGGACCAUGGGUUGUGGUUCCAACACCUACUACUGUACCUACAUCGAAGCAACUGACCGAGACUUCCCCCUCACUAAAUAGGAAAAAGAGGCUGUCUCGGCAUGCCUCUUUUAUUAGUAUGCAGCCUCCUGAAGGGGACACAAGGAAAGUAAAUUCUGCACCCAGCAGUCCCCAGAGGGGUUUAAAAGCUUGGACUGCUGACUCUGGGAAUUAUUGUAAGAAAAUGGUGCACCUUGCUGCUGUUUCUAGGCUUCAGUUUGAUGACGAUGAAAUCACUAAGCCUACAGGAGCUCAGAAAACCAACUCUUCCAUGGAAAAUGGAUUGUCAACUGCCCCUGUACACUGUAUUCCUGGGACCUCUAUUUCCAGCUCUUGUGUUAAAGCUUUACCUCCGUCUUUGCUACCUAUGCGUCAUCUAGAUGUUACACGUAUUUUGCUUCCAAAUGGUGCUAAUGGACAUGUAGCAGUUCUUUCUCCUUCAGGAGUCUCCAAGACAGAAGAAGGACAGCCUGCGUUGCUGGCUGGCCAACCUGUUUACUUUCCCCCUACAUCUGUCGUCAUGCUGUGUGGAAAUGUGCAGAGCAGUACUGGAGACGAAGUAUUUGUCCAGAGGAGUGAAAACAAGAUUCAUCAAGAGCAGGCUGCCUUGCAGGCAGAAGAGAAGAAUACAUCUAGUCUGUCUUUCUGUGAUCCCAAGAAGCAAACUGUAAAUAAAAAUGUGUCUCUUCUACCUCAAGAAAGGGAGGAACCAGCUGCUAAAAGAAUUAAAGGCACUCUCUCAGAGUCAUCAAUAACAGUGGAACAGUCCAAGGUAUCCCCCAAACAACCUGAACAACACCUCAACAACAAUGGCUGUACAAGUCCAGCUCAUCCAGAUCAAGAAACCUGGUCAAAACUGGAUUCAGAACUUAUUUGUAUGGAAGAGGAUAUUGGAAAAGACACGAGUAUCAUAACUGCUAAUGAUCUGAGGAAGGCAGAGUUGCUGAGUGAAAGAAGUGAACAUGCAGUGACUGGAGAGCAGUUACCUCAGGGAAACUCUGAACAACUGCCUUUAACACAGUAUUUCUAUUUGCCAUCUGCUGCAGGUUUAAAUGGUCUGAAUCUUCUUCUUCCUUCAAAUCAGAACCAUGGAGCACUCACUGUUUCUCCAAGCCGUUUUGCAUCUGUCAGUGUUCCUUACGUAGUGGUACCUUCUACUUCUCUGGCUGCAUUCCCUGUUCUGUGUCCCACUACUAUGCACAGUGCAAUAAACACCACUAGCAGCCCUAUUCCAAAUACCAGUUCUGUGAAUUUCAGCUUUCCUAGCUUGGUGCCACCAGGUCACCUACUAAUUGGAACACAGGCAGUGGUUCCUUUAAAGACUUCAGAAUGCUCUUCUGCAGACCAAGACUUUUCACCAGUACAUCUGAGCCCUGUCCUGGGAUGUUCACCCACUACGGUUAAGCCAGUGUCCCCAACCUGUGGUAGCCAGCCAGUUGUCACACUAAAGCUGCAUCAACAGUCUCCAACUCCACUGACUCCAAAGAGUGAUCAUUCGCCACAACAUGAAACCUUCUUCCAGACCCCAGGCAACCGAAGCUCGGGUCCAGUUUCAGGGCAUCAAAGAGAUGGAAGGCAAAUCCGGACUGCAGGUUCUGCUCAGAGACGAUUAGAAAUCUCAAGCAGCACAUUGGAUUAUAGCCCGUGAGAGUUCAGACAUGUGUGGCCUUUCACACUGUUUAUUUAAUUCACUUGGACAUAAAAUUGGUUAAAUUUUUACAAAGCCUGUUGGCAGGUUACACAAACUAUGGCAACUGUUUGUUUAGACAUGGGAGUCUACCGUUUGAUUUAACAGAUGCUAUACUGAUAUAUAUGUUUUUUUUUUUUCAUUUGUUUUUCAUUGAACAUGUACUUCGAGAUGCAACUGCUGCUAAGACCUACAGAACACGACAGGACUGUUUGACUAUGGGUUUUGUAUAAAUUCGUCUCGGCAGCCUUUGCUUGAGGAUUAGCUCAGGCAAUAUUCACAAACUUGAAUGGCUAGUUUUCAUGAAAAGAGGAAUUUGAGCAGUUGAAGUGAUGUCUUGUGCUUUAUCAGGCAUCGGGCACUUAAAAUGAUCUUUACUGUAUCGGGAA